CGCGCGGGGCGCGGGCAGUGGCCGCGGGCACGGGGCGGACCCCUCGCCGCCCCGCCCCGCCGGCCUGGACGAGCCAUGGUGGCCCCAUGCGGCGGGCACAGCCGCGCUGGGCAGCGUGCGAGCCCUCCGGGAGAGGUCCAGCCUGCUACAGCCCUAGCGAUCCCGUGCUAGCUCUAGAAGAUCCCGGCGCCUUCUUCCAGGUCUUCUCCGGGAGGCAUGGCACGGCCGCGCUGACGGAGGCCGACGUGACGGACGUCAGGGCCAAGGCCGGCGAGGACCCUCUGUGUAACCCCCGCUCCGGGAGCUUCCCGAGGGUCUCAGAGGUGGAGAUGAGAGGGUCGGAGGACGCGGCCCCUGGAACCGUGUUGCAGCGGCUGAUCCAGGAGCAGCUGCGCUAUGGGCCCCCGACUGAGACCAUGAGCCUGCUGGCCCUCCAGCAGCAGGCCACGGGCAGCGCAGGGCCGGCCCGCCCUCCCGGCUUCCCUUCCACAGAGAACCUCGCCCCGGAAGACCCACCAAUGGUCCACCAGUCGGCGCGCCAGGAACCGCAGGGCCAGGAGCACCAGGUGGACGGCGCGGCCAUGGAGAAGCAGGCGCGACCCGUGCCGCCGCCCGGCGAGGAUCUGCCCACGUACGAGGAGGCCAAGGCGCAGUCCCAGCUCUUCCGGCCGCCGCAGGGCUACUACCGGGCGGGUGGCGGGCAGCCGGCACGCUCCGAGGGCCGACCGUCGGUCAGCCGCGCCCACAGCGGCCAGGCGCUCAAGGAUGAGGCACUGAGGGAGCUGAAGCAGGGCCACGUCCGCUCCCUCAGCGAGCGCAUCAUGCAGAUGUCCCUGGAGCGCGGUGGCCCCGGGAAGGCGCCCCCGGCCCCGCCCGCCGGCAAGGACCCCCGGGGCCCGCCCCCUGAGUACCCCUUCAAGAGCAAGCCCGCGAUGGCCGCCGUGGGCAAGCCCCAGGAGCUGGGCCUGCUCUGCCCUGAGCACGCGGGCAUGCUGCCGGAGCUGCUCAAGCCCUACCCGGCGCCCCAGCCUGUGAGGACCGAGGUGGCCGUCCUGCGCUACCAGCCACCCCCGGAGUACGGGGUCACCAGCCGCCCGUGCCAGCUGCCUUUCCCGGCCACGGUCCCACCGCACAGCCCUGUGCCCUCCCAGGCCUCUGUGGUCAGUGGGCCUCUGCACUCAGUCUCCCUGCCGCUGCCACUGCCCGUGGCCCUGGCAGCCCUGCCCCCGCCGCUGCCAGCCGCCUCCCCGGGUCCGCAGCUGGGCCCUGACGCCCUGGCCAUCGUGGAGCGGGCCCAGCAGAUGGUGGAGAUCCUGACCAAGGAGAACCGGGCGCUGCAGCAGGAGCUCCAGGCCCACUGCGACAGCUCCGAGAAGCUGCACAAGUUUGAGAAAGAGCUCCAGAGGAUUUCCGAGGCCUACGAGAGCCUGGUCAGGUCCAGCAGCAAGCGCGAGUCUCUAGACAAGGCCAUGAGGGACAAGCUCGAAGGCGAGAUCCGGCGGCUGCACGACUUCAACCGAGACCUCCGAGAUCGCCUGGAGACCGCCAACAGGCAGCUGUCCGGCCUGGGGCAUGAUGGCCUACAGGAGAGAGCAGCGGAGGGUCUCUACGCGUCGCAGAAUAGAGAAUUCUUGAAGGAAAAGGAGAAGUUGGAAAUGGAGCUGGCGGCAGUGCGGACUGCGAGUGAGGACCACCGGAGGCACAUUGAGAUCCUGGAGCAGGCACUGAGCAAUGCCCAGGGCAGGGUCAUAAAGCUGGAGGAGGAGCUGCGGGAGAAGCAGGCGUACGUGGAGAAGGUGGAGAACCUGCAGCAGGCCCUGUACCAGCUGCAGGCGGCCUGCGAGAAGCGCGAGCAGAUGGAGCAGAGGCUGCGCACCUGGCUGGAGCGGGAGCUGGAUGCACUGAGGGCCCAGCAGAAACAUGGGGCAGGCCAGCGGGCAGGCGGACCCGAGCCCAACGCACCAGCCCUCCUGGAGCUGCUGCGCGAGAAGGAGGAGCGGAUCCUGGCGCUGGAGGCCGAUAAGACGCGGUGGGAGCAGAAGUACCUGGAGGAAAGCACCAUCCGCCACUUCGCCAUGAACGCGGCAGCCAGCGCUGCGGCUGAGAGGGACACGACGCUCAUCCGCCACUCCCGGGCUGGCAGCUACGGCGAGGGCUCGCUGGAGGCCCACGGCUGGCAGGAGGAGGAGGAGGUGGUGCAGGCAGCUCGGCGCUGCCAGGACAUGGAGUUCACCAUCAAGAACCUGCACGCCAAGAUCAUCGAGAAGGAUGCCAUGAUCAAGGUGCUGCAGCAGCGUGCCCGCAAGGAGGCCGGCAAGCCCGACAGCGCCAGCCUGCGGCCCGCCCGCUCUGUGCCGUCCAUCGCCGCGGCCGCGGGUGCGCACUCACGCCAGACCUCCCUGACCAGCAGCCAGCCAGCCGAGGAGAAGAGGGAGGAGAAGCCGUGGAAGGGCAGCAUAGAACCUCUCUUGCCCCCAGGGCUACUGCUGGGGAAGGAGACCCAGGACCCCACCUGCAGCCCACCGCUGCCCGCCCCCACUGCUCCCACCAUGCCUGCCAGCAGUGCCCACGCCAAGACGGGCAGCAGAGACAGUGGCACGCAGACCGACCGAGGCUCAGAGCUCUUCUGGCCCCACGCGGCCUCGCUGCCCAGCCGCGGCCGGUUGAGCGCAACUCCGGCCCACAGCCCGGUCCUGAAGCACCCCACAGCCAAAGAGAACUGUCCCAGCCAUGGGAAGUCGCCGGAGCACAAAGGCCGGGCCGGCUGCCUGCUGCACAAGGCCGAGCUCCCUGACGCCGAGAUCAUGGAAGUCCUCAUCUAGCCAGAGACGGCCCCGAGGCCAGCGAGGAGGCUGCUGGGAGCUGGACAGCCGGGUGACUCGAGCCGCGCGUGCU